AUGAUAAACGACGUCGCCGCGCGCACGGUCGUCGGCGACCGGUGCAAGUACCGAGACGAAUACAUGCAUGAGCUGCGGCUGUUUGGUGGGUUCAACCUGGCGGACCUGUACCCGUCCUCGCGGCUGGUACGGCGGUUCAGCGCCGCCGCGAGGGACGCGAGGAGGUGCCAGAGGAACAUGUACCGCAUCAUCCAUGAGCGUGAAGCCAUGCCGACGCCAGAGCGAGACGAGGACCUUCUGGGUGUUCUCCUGUGGCUGCAGAGGGAAGGUGGCCUGCAGUUCGCUCUCACCGACGAGAUUGUCAGCACGGUUAUUUGGGAUAUUUUCUCUGCUGGGAGUGAAUCAUCAUCAACCAUUCUAGUAUGGGCAAUGUCAGAGCUUGUUAAGAAUCCACAAGUCAUGCAUAAGGCCCAGUUAGAGGUGAGGGAGACCUUCAAAGGACAAGACAAGAUAAAUGAAGGUGAUUUGAUCAAGUUAAGAUAUCUACAUCUGGUGAACAAGGAGACUUUACGACUGCAUGCUUCAGCGCCCCUCUUGCUCCCUCGAGAAUGUCGUGAGUCAUGUCAGGUUAUGGGUUACGAUGUGCCAAAGGGGACCAAGUUGUUUGUGAAUGUUUGGGCAAUAGCAAGGGACACAAAACUAUGGCAUGAUGCAGAGGAAUUCAAGCCAGAAAGAUUUGAAAGUAGCAGUAUCGAUUUUAGGGGUAAUGACUUCGAGUUCACUCCCUUCGGGGCUGGUAGGAGAAUAUGCCCUGGCAUCACGCUAGGACUGGCCAACUUAGAGUUGGCGCUUGCUAGCUUUCUUUACCAUUUUGAUUGGGCUCUGCCCGAUGGCGUCAAGUUGGAAGAACUUGAUAUGGCAGAGGCCUUUGGGAUAGCGUUAAGAAAGAAGUCAAUGCUUUGGAUCAAGGCCAAACCUUACAAUAAUUUUAUACCGCAUUAA